AUGUACCCGUGUCCGUUUAGAAAGCGUAAUCCGGUCAGGUUCAAUGUCCGCGAGCACGAGGCCUGUGCAAAGGCUCCCUUUGAAUCCAUUGGCGCCAUGAUACGCCACGUACUUACACAUCACCAACUACGAGUCAAUCCCCAUCAAUGCCGCCGUUGCAAAGAGGUAUUUGAGACGGGGCCGGAACUUGAGCGACAUGUCCUAGCACCCCGAGACGAGAUUUGCGAGGUGACAGCAGACGGUGAGCACGAUCUCGAGGAUGGGCUCACAGAAGAUAUGAUAAAAGUGUUAGCUUCGAUGAGCUUGGGUUUGGGCGAGGAAAUGUGGACCUGGGAGAACACCUGGGCGUUGAUCUUCCCAGACGACGUCGAAGUUCCGGCGCCAGAUUUCGACCCCGUAACGGAGCUUGUUGAGGUGGAACAAGCGUUUGACGAAGAACAGGACGCCUUGAAAAAGAGCCUCCGCGACAAACUUCAUCUUCUCCUGCCUAAGGACCUCGGAACCGACUACCUCAACUUCCUUGCCGGACAACUGGAACUAGUCUUCGAAACACACAGGGUCAACGUCAUGAAACGGUCCAUAAGCCGAUGCCGCUCGCCAGCAAGCGGACACUCCCCGUCUGGCACACCACGCACUGAACACCAAACCUCACUAAAGAAAGAGAACCGCAAAUCCAGGCGACGGAGCACAAUGCUCCAAAACAUACUCCAGCGCGGUGCGCAGGGCGAGACCUCCCCAGGUUUAGGCUCUCCCCGAAAUCCCAAAAGUAUCAAAACAGGACGUAAAAGCACGCAGUUCAGCCCCGCCUCGUUUCUCCUCCGGAUCCCACGAACUCCAAAAAACACCUUACCCGAAGCAACCCAGGACGAAAGCCCCCCCAGCCCCAUGAAGACGCCUGACACCGACGAAUACGGCACCGACUCCGAACCCAACGUCUCCAGCCCCCGUGACUCGCGUGACUCGGGAAUCGGCAUGCCCUGCGACACCUGCGAGUCCGAAGGCGAUUCCUGUACUACGAACCGCGAACUUGUCAUCAACCGGCUACAGGACUGCCGCGAGUGCCAACGCUGA